GUAAAUUGUUGCUGUUCACAGCAUCACACCCCUUCUUGGUAAAGUAAACGUUGAAAUUGUUUGUUUCUAUACAACAGAUUGUCGAUGGCUUACCCAGGAUAUGGAGUUGUAAGUAUUAAAUAAAGAUUCAGAUUAUUAUUUGUUUAAGAAUUUUAGAUUUUCGCCCAGUAAUUGGAUUCUUACAAGGUGAUGCUUCACAACCUCAAGCCGGAUGUUAAUUACUUUCUAAUGUUUAGUUAUUUAUAUACUUUCGUUGUUGCCAUGUCAGAAAUAUGUUAUUGUAUAUCUGUGCAGAGCAAAACUAAUAUCAGUCUUUGUUAGUAGUCCAAUCUGAAUUCUGUAUAUUGCUGAUUUGCUAUUUUGUUACACAAUAAACACUAGAGACUAAAGUACCGUUUAUCCACCGAUCAAAACGAAGGUGUAACAUCCCCCCCCCCCCCGGGCAUAUACCCGGGCAUUAGACUUUUUGGAUUUUGUAAUGAUCAAAUCUUACACGAAGUUCAAAUGCCCUACAUUCCACAACUAAGUGGUGGUCAAAUGCCCCAUUGUAAAUCUAAUUUGAAGGUUAAAAUUCUUCAACUUCCCCAGGCCAUUCUGGUCCAACCAAUCCUGAACAUUAUUAUUCAUUGUACUGUGUUCUCGGUUUGUCAUUGGCUAAGAGCCUACAAAUAAUUUUGGGUAUUUGUAGGUCCCUGCGCUAUUUCCAGUGGAAACAGUAAUCUGCAAAGGUUAUUGGACGGCGCCCGAGAUAUUUCAGCUGUAUUUUAUGUGAAAAUACCAAAAUUGGCGGGAAAUUUUUAGUUGAAUUUACGAAAAGUUAAUCAAUUCAAUGAAUAUUUAUUUGUUUUCAAUUGUUGCUUGUUUUGUUUUCUUUCUGUCACAAAAUGAAUAAUAAAACAAUUAUUGAAUUUGGCUUGCGCAGGAUACCAGAAUUAUUCAGACCUCGGUCAAUGUUAUCUGCCUCAGCCUUCAGCUUCGGCAGAUAACAUUGACCUCGGUCUAAAUAAUUCUGGAUAUCCUGCUCAGCCUCAUCCAAUAAUUGUUAAUAAUUUGCAUUUUUUAAUACAAAUUUCGCCAUUUUCUUGAAAACACAAAAGCAAAAAAUGGGCUUUUGACUGACAUGUUAAAGCCUGUGGUAGCAAGUCAAUCUAUAGUACUAAGUCUUCAUGUUAGGUAAACUAACGUUUUUAGUUGUGGUCAAAUCUCCGUCCUCAUUAUAAGUGGAAUCAAAUAUAUGCCCCACCACUUUAAAUUUUCUUGGCAACAAAUGCCCGCUCCUAGGGAAUGUCAUGAAUGGCAUAUGCCCCUCUCAUGUCCGGGGGGAUGUUACACCUUCGUUUUGAUCAGUGCAUUAGUAAACAGUAAACACUAAAAUGUGACUGAUGUGGAAAAUAUAUUCCCUGUGUCUACAUGCCCAGCAGCCGGGUAAUAGAGUCAAAAUACUAGAUGCCCGGCAGUCUGGCAUUUAUAGUUAAAGUCACUUUUAAAAAAAACCUGAUCCCAAUCAUUCUCCAUGCAGCCUUAACCUCUAACCCAUGAAGGUUGAGGAGAGUUCGGGAAAAAAAACUUUACAGGUAAACUACGUGAAGCGUUCCUCUUUCGAGUUUCUAAAUUGAUUGCAAUUUUCCUCAUUACUUUUGCAAUUUAAAAAACUCCCUUGCAAAUCCCUUGAGGAAAUUUGCAAUGUUGCUAAAGCCAAUUAAAUUUUCCUCAGUUCCUGUUAGAAGUUCUUAACUUCCUGUUACAAGUUCCUAACUUCCUGUUCUGUUCUUGGCGUUGCAAUUGGCUAACAAAAAUAAUCGACCAACAAUAACAACGCUCAGAACAGAACAGGAAGUUUGGAAAUUAAAUGACAGGAAGUUAGGAAAAUUUAAAAUGAAGUUUGUUGCAUUGGAAUAUUGCAACAACCGAUAGGAAUAUUGCAAAUUCCCUCAAGGGAUUUGCAAAGAGUUUUUCAAAUUUGCAAAGCUAAUGAGGAAAAUUCCAAAUGAGAUACGAAGUCAAAAGAGGAACGCUUCACGUAGUUUACCUGUAAAAGUUUUUAAAAAAUUCUAAAGUGAACUUGAAAAUAACGACAUGAAGCAGAAUUGAUCCGACCCCCUAGAACAUUUCAGCCGCAUGGUUUAGCCGCUGAGCUAAAAACAAGUUUGCUGAAAUUCACAGAUAUACUAGAUUUUUCAGUAAUGAUGUGGAGUUCCAGUGUGGUAUAGAAAUGAACAAUAUAUAUCAAGAUCAAACUACCUGAAAAUAUAUAGAACUUCAACAAUGAAUGGGUGAUUCCAGCUAUGGAUGAAAUUUUGAUCUAGACAAGAAGAACAAAAUCCAACACCACACCUAGAAAGAGCAUCUUAAAUGAGUAAAAUUGCAAAGUUUGGUUGCAAAAUGUUGUAAAAUGAGGAAAAUAUAGCUCUGUGAAGUUCGCAAAUUUUGUAUAUAUUUGCACAGGCCUUAAAAUAUCUUUUACAGGGCCGUCUGACAAAAUGUCCGGUGACGUUGAAUUUGGGUCGGACAUAUUUCCGAUGACCUUCAGUUCAGUUUUGACUCGGAAAUAAGUCUGAAUGACACAAAUGAAUAAACGGUAAAUGUUGUAAAGAUAUUAAAUAAUUUGUUCCUUUCAUACUUAUUUCCAAGCCAAAAUUGACUUGCUUUCCAGAACAGCAGUAUUAAAAAAGACUUCGACAACUUAAGCCUGUUUUCCACUUCACCAUUUUGCUCGCCGCCCCGCGCUCGACUACGUUAAAACAACAUUUCCAGUUGACCUUUUAUACAAUAGUGCUCUGAUUUUCCAUUUAACAUACAAGCCUCUAGUCCUGGGCUAGGGUACAUUUUGAUUUCCGUCGGACAAAGCUACAGUUCGGUCGGACACCAAUACACUCAGGUCGGACAAACAAUAAACCUCAGUUUCACUUUGGUCGGACAGAAUGUCCGGUGGUUUCCUUUCUACGUCGGACAAUUUCACAAAUGGGUCGGACAAUGUCCUUGACCGACCGAUAUUUUAAGGCCUGUUGCAUUACGUGCAGGAAAAAUAACCAUUUUUGAGCGGAAAGUGGUUAUUUUUACCGCACAUAAUACAAAUAUAUACAAAAUUUGCGAACUUCACAGCUCUACAUUUUCUUCAUUUUACAACAUUUUGCAACCAAACUCAUUUUAAGAUGCUGUUUCUAGGUGUGGUGUUGGAUUUUGUUCGUCUUGUCUAGAUCAAAAUUUUGUCCAUAGCUGGAAUCACCCAUUCUGGCAACAAAUAGAUAUCAUUCUGCAAUGGAAUACUUGUUCAAUAAUUUCCCCCUCUUACCUCAAUGGGACAAGUUAAUGUUCUAAUUACUGAGAUCAAUUGAAUUGACAAUUCCAACACUCCUAAAUUGACUGCUUGAUAUUUUUACCCUCUCCAACAACAUAUGAUUGGUUGAAUCAUUAUGCUGUAAUGCACCCUACUUUGUUAUUUAUUAAUAACAAAGCCAGGCAAUUUUACUUGUUGAGAGGAGAUGGUAGUGUUAAUAAGUAUACACUAUAGAAAAACUGUAGGAAGCACUUCCUGUUAACCUUUUUUUGUGGCCUAAUAUGUAGGGAUGAGCCGAUACCAGAAAAAAGCCGAUUCGCCGAUCUGAUAUUUCGGAGCCGAUAUAAAAAAUAAUCGGCCGAUUAAUCGGCUAUGGCCGAUAUUUCUUUGUAAAAGUUGAGGGGUUGUAAAAGUUGAGUUUAAAGGGGUUUUGUUGCAAUUGGGACGCAAGUCCUGUUCAAACUCCUGUCAUAUACUUAUAAUUAAUGAUAUUAUAUGUAAUAUAUGGCAAAUUCAUUAAACUAAACUAAACUAAACUAAACUAAAAGUUUAAAAAACCCGGUACAAGCGCCGGAUAACGGUGAUCAGUUACAAUAAAUGGCAAAGCUAACUUUUACUGUCUAGACACCUCGACUUUUGAGCCUUUAAUUUCUUUAAAGGCUUUAAUGUUUAUUUAAACAGUAAAACUGGCUGAAUGUUUUUCAGUGAUUUUGUGUUUAAGAUACAGUGAUAAGAUUUUAACUUACAAGUGGUCUUAUUCCUUACGAGUAACGCAAUAUGGGAUUAAAUACACGCAACAAAAGUGUUAAAAACAAGACGGAGUGUAGAUUACUAGAUUAUUGAGUUAUUUUUCUAUUUUGAAAACGCCAAAUAUCGGCCGUACCGAUUAAUCGGCUCAUCACUACUAAUAUGCCCUACUUUGUACUUUGUGUAAAAUCCAUUGAUUUUAGAGAAUAAGUUGGGCAAUGUGUUGGGUGUUAAGUGGUUAUUGGUUAAUGACCUUUGCAGAUUAUUCCUCAUUAAUAUAUAAAUUAAUAUAAAAAUCCAUAUUCCCAGGCUCCAGGAUAUCCAGGUGGUAUGCAGGAUCCUUUAUAUGGCUAUUUUGCAGCUGUUGCUGGACAGGUAAAGUAAAAAUAUACCUGUACUGUACAAUGGUAUUUGUACCUGGGUUGCUAAGAAGAAAGGGCAGAGGGAUCCCCAUUCCCCAUUGCUGACAGAGGCUCCAACUUAUAAUUGGUACCAAAAUACAGUAGAAGGGACCCUUCUUUUAAUUUCACUUGCGUAGGCUUUUCCUUCAUAGGGCCCCCAGAAAAAAUCUUUUACUCAGGGCUUGCAAAAUGUCUUGGCAGUCCUGAAUCUCAAAUAUACUAUUUAUAGGACCAACAAAUUGAUGCACAUGAAUUACAAAGAUGUUUAAUGUCAUCUGGAAUCUCAGGAAACUAUCAGCGUAAGUGAAUACCUGCUACCAAUGCAAUUGAAUAUGAUAAAGACAGACAUAUGUUGCAAACAUAAUUAGUCAAUAUAAUAAAUGAAACUAACAAUGGUGUAUGCAGAAGUGUCCUUAAUUUCAUCCUCUCACUUGCGAAAUUAUGCUGAAAUUCAGGAUACCUGUAUGUUACUUGAAAUCGUAGUAAACAAUACUCGAUCAGUCUAUGGAAUAUACAGUACAGUAUAUUACAAUUGGUUACUGAUUUUUAUUUCAGACUGUCUUUAUUUCUUAUUUGUGUUCAUUAUUUUUCUAUAUACAGUAUUAUACGUAUUUGCAAUUUUUAGAAUUCAGUUUGGACACAUGCAGAAUUAUGAUUGCUAUGCUCAAUGUAUCCUUUUCAGUUGUUGCUAUCAUUUUUUUAGUUUUCAUUUAAGGUGGCUCUGUAUCAUUUGAUUUUUUCGCGUAUCGAAAAUAUUGACACUUUUAGCUAGACAACUUAAAUUAAUCUCCUUUUUUUCGUGUGGGCAAUUUAAAAGUGUAAACAAAGUAAGUGUGAUCACACUAGUUUCAUGCAACUUUGUUUUUUGCUGCUUGUGAUGCGGCACACAUCCAAGUUGACCAAACUACGUUUUCUAAUUUGCAUAAUUCGGUACAGUCGAUAUUAUCGCUAUAUAUAUAUAUAUAUAUAUACAUAUAUAUAUAUAUAUAUAUAUAUAUAUAUAUAUAUAUAUAUAUAUAUAUAUAUAUAUAUAUAUAUAUAUAUAUAUAUAUAUAUAUAUAUAUAUAUAUAUAUAUAUAUAUAUAUAUGUAUAUAUAUAUAUAUGUUAGUUGUGUUAUUGUACACUCUGUAAUAUGUUAAGAUGAAAAUGUUCUAGAGUGUGUAUUAUAUAAUUUCCAUACCCAGCGCAAGCAGAAAGAUGUUGUCUGCCGCGGCUGGGUCUUGAACCCGCGACCUUCGAAUUACUAGAUCGACGCUCUACCAACUGAGCUGCACGGUCAGACGGAUUUAAGACUGGAAAUUAAGUAUAUAUAUUUCAGUAUAUAUUUCAUAAUUUCCAGUCUUAAAUCCGUCUGACCGUGUAGCUCAGUUGGUAGAGCGUCGAUCUAGUAAUUCGAAGGUCGCGGGUUCAAGACCCAGCCGCGGCAGACAACAUCUUUCUGCUUGCGCUGGGUAUGGAAAUUAUAUAAUACAUAUAUAUAAUUAUAUAUAUAUAUAUAUCUUUUGGAAGCUAAAAGUAAAGCUUGGACGGUUGAAACUGGUUAAAAAUUUAUUUUAAAAAUAUUAAAAUAUCGGAAGACGUUUCGGUCAAACAACUAAGACCUUCGUCGGUUCUACUAAAACGUGAAACUACGUCUGUAUUAUAUAGGUUACAAACAAUUAUGCUAAAUUGCUACUAAUUUGUUCAAGAUAAAAAUAAAUAUCCGGAAUGUCAUUAGGCCCGUACUAAAGUAUGUUAAUUGUUAAAACUGAAAACAAUUAUAAUCUCAGUAUAGUGUCUUAACGAACACAAUUAUUACGUUAACUGGUAUUGAACUAUACAAGGCAAUUGUAAAUCUCAGGAAUGUCAUUGUGAUCAUUUCCCGCAUUGGCUUGUCUUAGAGAAUGCCACGCUUCAUGCAAGGAACAACCUUUUGUCAUGGUCUGGUUCACGAUCGACAAUUUUGGUAUUUUCAAAAUCCAUUUUGUGAAGGUGGGUGUUUGUGUGUUGCGCUAUUUUAGAAUAUUCAUCGUCGUUUUUCACCGCGUUUUUGUGCUCUUUGAUUCGAGUUUUCAGAGCUCUAUCUGUUUGGCCAACGUAAACAAAAUCACAAUCUUGACAGUCAAUGCUAUAAACCACAGAUCUUGUUUGGUCUCGGUCAAUUCGGUCCUUUGGCUUUGGGAAAUGUUUGCGUAGGGUAGACGUAGUUUCACGUUUUAGUAGAACCGACGAAGGUCUUAGUUGUUUGACCGAAACGUCUUCCGAUAUUUUAAUAUUUUUAAAAUAAAUUUUUAACCAGUUUCAACCGUCCAAGCUUUACUUUCAUCCAAAAGAUAUAUAUAUAUAUAUAUAUAUAUAUAUAUAUAUAUAUAUAUAUAUAUAUAUAUAUAUAUAUAUAUAUAUAUAUAUAUAUAUAUAUAUAUAUAUAUAUAUAUAUAUAUAUAUAUAUAUAUAUAUAUAUAUAUAUAUAUAUAUAUAUAUAUAUAUAUAUAUAUAUAGAAAAGGUUUCAAUGUGCAACCAAAAGAGACAUUUAUAACGUAAAAUAAAAUAACAGCCACUCAAAUUUUGCACAAACGUUUUCGCUUUAAUGUUAGCUCCUCAGGUGCAUAUUUACAAUGAGUGGAAUUUAGUUUAUCUAUUAUCUACGUUCUAUGAUAUCAUAUUAUAAUAACUAUGUUAGGAAUGCAUAUAUUUACAUGGUGUGAAGUCACCCGUUAAAAACAUUCUAUUGAUCUAAAUGUAAGCAUAAACUUAAUGGUUUUUUAAUUAGCGUUCAGAUCCGGAUUCAGUAUAUUGAUAAGUUCUUUUUCUUUCAUCUCCCUAACAAGUCUGUCCGUGUUAAUGCAUUGAUAUAUAGGCAUUAUUUUGAAAAUUCCGUUGUUACACAUAUUUAAGUGUUCGCUUACUUUUAGAUGUCUAUACUCUUCGUGUCGAAUUUGUUCCUUGUGCAAUGUCACUCUUUUUCGUAAGUUUUCUGUCUGGCCGACGUCGAAGCUGUCGCAUUUUGAGCAAAUGAUCACGUAAAUGACAUAUCUCGCUUUGCAGUUCAUCGUUGAAUUGACUUUCCAGGUUUUUCCGCUCUUUAAUGUAACAGACUUUCCUGUGAUUAAAACAUCGCAUGUUCCACAUCGCUUUUCCUCGCAUUUUGUUACACAGUGUUCUCUGUCCUCUGAAUUGAAUUGUGCUUUUGUCAAGUAUCGCUUCAAGUUCUUCGGUUGGCGUUUGCUUACAAUGAGUUUUGUUCUGUCUAAUACUCGUUUCAUUUUCUCGGAAUUGUUUAGAAAUUUAAAGUUCUCCCUUAUUUUUCCAAUUACUUGAGGAUUGUUGGGAUUAUGAGUUAUUACUAAAGGCAAUAUAUAUAUAUAUAUAUAUAUAUAUAUAUAUAUAUAUAUAUAUAUAUAUAUAUAUAUAUAAAGACAAUAUAUAUAUAUAUAUAUAUAUAUAUAUAUAUAUAUAUAUAUAUAUAUAUAUAUAUAUAUAUAUAUAUAUAUAUAUAUAUAUAUAUAUACAUAUAUAUAUAUAUAUAUAUAUAUAUAUAUAUAUUAUAAUAACUAUGUCCAAACCUUGAACACUGUAUUAUGUCACAAAUGUCUUUGGGAUUUUACCAGAAAUAAAAAAAUUCAAAAUGCAAAAAAAUUCCAUCGAGUAACCUACAGUACAUUAUUGGCUAUUGCACUUUAAAAAAAUGGCAUUUCAGAACUUUUUUAUAUUUUGCUUAUUGUUAGUUUAUGUCCAAAGUAAAAUAGUGCACGAAAAAAUUGGGGGUCACUGUGCUUCUUUAACAGCUACAGUACAGUAUACAAUCAUGAAGAAAUAGGCUAAAUUAGAGGGAGUUUCGUAUGCGUGUGUUGCCAUAGCAAUGAACUAUGCGUUACCAAAAAUAAUUUGAAAGAAGAAAUGUUAAGAUAUAUGAACAUCCUGAUAUCUGCUCCAUAAAAAAUACGACAUUUAAAAAUGUCAAAUUGUUUUUCACAUAAACUUUUUGAAAAUUGUAUCGAGCUACCUAAAUUUGUAACUUGCAAAAAGCCCGGAUUUGCUUUGUACCUUUGCUGGAAGCUAGUAAAUAAUAUGUAUUAAUGUUAAACAGUAAAGGAAGUACAUUGUACAUCCUUAACUUUCACUUCAAGAGAGACCGAGAUGCUCGUAUGGGAUUUAAUGAAUUUAAAGAAUUAUGGAAUGUUCUUUCUCACUGGAAGGUGAAAAUAAUAUUUAAGCAAAUGCAGUGUAGCACUUGUCACUUUGCAUAGUACGGUAAUAGACCUUAGAAGUGCUUACGUCACGCAUUUUUUAUUAGAGUCCUUAAGAUCUAGGACGGCAACGUGAAGACGUCGGCUAGUACGUAAUACAAUGAAGUUAAUAAUAUUUAGGAAAAGAAAUGAAUAAUUAAAAUCCCACGGGAGAUUUAGACGUCGUCCACGUCCGGUUUACAACCGGUAAAACCAGAGUUUUCACGUCCUGUCUACAACGUUUGCAUUUUAGUACGUAAGUCGUAAGAAGUGAAUACUCAGCAAAUUGGUUCAGUAUACUAAUGUGGAAUUCUACUCAAUAAAAAGCCUCUGUUUUGAUCUCUUCAAAUUAAAUUCAUACGAUUGAUAAUAUACGAUAAGCUUUAUUUACAAUCAUUUAUUUGAAUGAAGUUGUUUUUGCCGUCCUACCUCUUAAGAUCUCUAUUACCCAUUGUGGGAUACUUUUGGGUCAAUAAUGGACCUUUCCCCUUAACUAAAAUUUUGAUCUAGACAAAAAUACUGCACGCAGGCUAAAUCGGGUGUUGGGGCAUCAAUUUCCCGUUUGUAAUACAAAAUGACUGAAAGUUGCAAAUUUCGCAAGGCUAUAUUAUCCGCAUUUUACAACAUUUCGCAACGAAACUUCGGAAUAUUACUAAUUUUGUGAUGCUCUUUCAAGCUGUGAUGAAAUUUUUGUCUAGACUUGUCUAGAUCAAAAUUUUAGUUAUAAGGGGAAAGGUCCAUUCAUUGUUUGAAAAUUACGUGACGUAAGCACUUCUACGGUCCACUUUGCAAUAAUUUAAUUAAUUUAAUUUUAAUGAUUUGUCACAAUAUAGAGUACUAUAAUCACACAAACAGACAAGAUACAUGCAAAAAUUACAUAUUGGUGUGACUGGGGAAAGGAACAGGACUUGCGUCUCAAUUGACACCUGACCCCUUGGGCCAAAAAAAAAUAUGUGGGUUUCCGGUUUCCCGACCCUACCUAGCUUUUGGACGCCAAAAUCCCGACCCUAAACUUUUUUAUUGGGUCACGCUUGUAAGUGUUUCCACUUAGAGGAAAACGUUUGUGGAAAAUGAAAAUUUGAGGCAAUAUUAGGGAAAUUUAUGUUUGGAUAUGGAAGCACUGACUAAACAAAAUGGCGUCCGGUUGUUAGGAAAAUUAAAAAAAAGUUUAAAAAAAAAAGUUAAAACCGACCUACCCUACCUAAGUUUUUACAAUACUUUUUACAAUUACCCACAUAUAUUUUUUUGGCCUUGAAACUUUACUGUUUAUUGCACCCUUCGAUGUGUUCGUGGCAAUGCAAUAGGAUUAUAAUCUAAUACCUAAUAGAUCACAUUGCUAUUAUUGUUUUCAAAACUCUAAAGAAUUGUAUAAAUAUACAUUUUAUUUUAUUUUAGACAACUUUCAUUCAAUAUGAUAGAGAUAGAUCAGGAACUGUGGAACCUCACGAGCUGCAAGCUGCUUUGACAAGUUGGGGUAUGUUACAAAUGUUUUAUUUCCGCGAAAAAUUUGUAGGCUUCUAAUAUUAUAUGCAAUCUUUAAAAUAUCCAAUGAAUUAUCUUGAUUACAAAAUAAUUAAUUUAUUCCAGGUUACCAGCUCUCUCCGACUGCUCUACAAAUCAUCGUAAACCGAUAUUCUACCAACAAUCGGAUAAGUUUUGAUGAUUUUGUCGCCUGUGCUGUUCGUCUUCGAAGUUUAACUGGUAUGUAUAGGAUAGCUACAUGUACAAUUCAGGCCAAAAUUCAUGUCCACACUUAAAUCUUAAUUCACUUUUGCAAAAAUCCUAACAAACAGCUUAAACUUGACUUUACACACAUUUCCCCCCCAAUGACCAAAUCAAUGUUGAAUUGAAUUUUUCAUCAAACACGAAAUGUGGAUAAUGCGUAUAUAUAUAGAGGAUAUUACACGGCGGCGCGAAGAUAUGACUUUUAUCUUCGAGUGGUGAAAACACGAGAAGAUAAAAGUCGUAUCUUCAAGCCACUGUGUAAUGUUCUGUUUAUUAUAUAGUCCCAAGCAAAAAAUUGUAUAAAUACUAAAAGUCACGUGAUCGUUAUCUUCACUAGUGAAGAUAUGGCAAAUAUCUAGGUUUCACUGUGUAUUUUUCAGUAUCUCACUCUCUACUAUAUAAUAAACGGAUAUAUAAAUUGUAGUAAAACUGCUUAAUCUAGAUAGGAGUAAGCACUGACAGACUGUACUGUGCGGUUUUCGCUAUAAAAUUCAAAUCAAACGAAUGAGAGUCUUAUAUUUCGGACUGAUUACGUUUUCUGUAAGAAUGAAAGAUGCAUAAUUUUAAAAUUUCCCUGAAAUAUGUGUGCAACUAUAUAUAUUUUCAUUGUUCAAUAGAGCACUUCCGUCGUCGAGAUACCUCGCAACAAGGUGUGGCAACAUUUCGGUAUGAUGAUGUAAGUAUGAGUAUUGAAUAACUUCAAAACAUUGUCGUAUCAUUGUAAGGGUCAUAUAGCUUUUAUGUCAUCCCGCGAGGCGGAACACCCGAGUCCGGAUUGGGCAACCUCGCGAACCACACCCUGCAGGCAGGCAGUGAAAUGAGCAUCGACUACAAGGUUACAGUAUGUCAUUAGAAUACGUGAACACCAAAUCUCAUACUCGUGAGUCCGUAAUUUUAAACAGAGAUACAGGUUCCCAAAAGAAACCAGCGAUAAAAUGCGACGUUUGAACAGGCCUUUCAGUAGAUGCAUGCCGAAUUUUCAUUUCUCGUGUUCCACGUCCCAAAUAAGAAUUAAUACUAUAUUCAUCACAUUUUCAAUAGAAGCAUGUAUUGCUUGAACAAAGACGAAUUAGGCGACAGUGUAGGUGCCGUGCUACAAGCAAUACAUUUUAUUUACACGAUUUUUUUUAGUUUAUUCAAGUGUCAAUGUUCACCUAAAGCAUAUCUUCACGAUGCUACCAAAUAAAGAGCAGAGAUGAUUUUUGAUUAACAAGCGUAGAAUACUGAACAGUGCAUUUUAUUACAAGAUAUAGUAAUAAAAUGAUUUAAUACUGUAAUUUACAUUAAUUUGUGACUUUUUAAUUUAUAACAACCUAAUUUCAGCAAUAACACUGAAUGACUGUAUGAGAUAAAUUAUUAGCAUUUGUAGUUUCGUUGUAACGUAAUGUGAUUAUUUUAUUAAACGUAUAGUAUUGUAUACUCGCAUGAUACGUUGUUCCUUAGUCGUUGGUGCCAUAUUUGUCAGGGCUGAAAAAUUACUACUCAAAGCCUCAAAAAGGAAUUAAUUCCAAUUACUUGCUUCAUAAGGUAAUGGACCUUUCCCCUUAUAACUAAAAUUUCGAUCUAGACAAAAAUUUCAUCACAGCUUGAAAGAGCAUCACAAAAUUAGUAAUAUUCCAAAGUUUUGUUGCAAAAUCUUGUAAAAUGCGGAUAAUAUAGCCUUGCGAAGUUUGCCGUUUUUCAGUCAUUUUGUAUUACAAACUGGAAAUUGACAUCCGAUUCGGGUGUUGGGGCUGCAAUUUCCCGUUUGUAAUGCAAAAUGACUGAAAAUUGCAAACUUCGCAAGGCUAUAUAUUUUCCUCAUUUUACAACAUUUCGCAACGAAACUUUGGAAUAUUACUAAUUUUGUGAUGCUCUUUCAAGCUGUGAUGAAAUAUUUGUCUAGACUUGCCUAGAUCAAAAUUUUGGUUAUAAGGGGAAAGGUCCAUUAAUUAUAGAUUGCAUUUUGUAAUGUGGAUCUUGAGCUAAAUAUACUAGAAUUGAAAACAGUAAUACUAGAAAUGAAAACAGUUAUGAUCGAAGUUAGGUUUUACUUAAAAAAUCCUAGCGUGGGGAGAAAAUUGUCAACAGUCUGCAUUCUGUAAUGGAAAGCAUGCACUGCAUGAAACAAAAUGGCCAUAACUCGUAAGUAUAUUAACCGAGGCACUGCGCCACAGAGUAGAGACAUACAGAGACGUAACUGACCGUUGUAAACACUGCGGAAACUUACGUUUUCAUGUACCCACUUUUUUUCAGGCGACCGGGCGAAAAUGAUCAACUGCGCGUGCUCAGCAAAUUUAAAGUGAGUCGUCAUCCAAUCAGAUGCAUGCGUCUAGUAACUUGCCGAGCAUGCGCACAAAAAAAGUGGGUACACUAGUUACGUCUCUGUAUGUCUCUACUCUGUGACUGCGCAGAGACAGCGACUCUUGUUUUGCAUUAUUCUUAUAGUUUUUCAUUAUUUUUUCUUGCUGGUAAAUACUAUUAGUAUUUAUUCCAUUUAUGCACGAUUUCAGUGUAAAAGGAAUUUGUAAUUUUUAUCUUUUAAAGGAAUGCGU